CGAGUCUAGAAUGGGUUUUCUGGGCGGUAAAGCGGGCCAGGAGGUGAAAUUCCCAGCUGCUUGCUUGCUGGGGUUGUUUUAGUGUGAUGCAUCUUCGAUGCGUGCAAACUGCAAAGCCACCCGCGUUCGUCUCAAGAAUAAUCAAAUCAAUCACAACUCAAUUUAGAGCCCCUCCUCACUCUACUCUACCCGGCCAUCCCGCCUGCCCCCCAAAAUAUGCUCAACAGCUGAUUCAUGAGCAAUACCAUACCAUGCCACUUGUCAAAGUAAUGUUUUCUUUUCACCCGCCAGCCGCCUCUUUCUGGAUAUAACCCGGCCCGGUACGCUACCUUUUACUGGAACCGCCUGCAGUUGCCUGCUCUCCACCAUUGUUGAUUUACCAGCCAUCGACUUUUUUUUUCCUCUCGUUCUACCGCUAGACAAUACCCACCGUUCGUUGACCGUCGGUGCGCGCCCCCGACGACACUGGCUCUCAGCUAGCCAGAUUUAUUCUGCACGCACGCGCCACGACCCAAAAAAAGAUAGCUUCCCUCCGCCGUUAGACGCAGGCGUAACCGGCACGUUUUAGCCAAACACAUUCAAAAAUUCGAGCGCCUCCGCUGUGACGCCGGCCUGGUCCCUCGACUUGACCGCCACGUUGUCGAGCAUCCGCUUCAGCUCCGUCUUUAUUCCCCCGGGUUUGCCUAUAAGCGCGCAACUUGCGCCAAUGCCGAGUACAGCCUGUCUCGCCUUUUCAAUCUCAUCCAGUUUAGACCAAGGCUUGAACUCUGUCCCGUCACCAACAACGGUGCAACUGCUGCCGACCUCUGGCCACUCUCGUGGCUCCCCCCCUGAAAUCGCAAAAAGAACUUGUUUAGUGUCAUGCUUGAAACCAUGGUUGACGUGCAGACAGCCGCGCCUAUGAAGAGCAUUGGGGCCAAGUUGACGCUGGCCAGCAGCCAAUCUCUGUCACGGUCUCAACCUUCAAUGGCGAUAUCGUCCGACACUGCAUCACGACUGCGCUCUCAGCUUGCUCUGGAAACAUUCUCACCAGUGAACCAAAAUGGAUGCUUUGACUUUGACCGGGUUAUCAGGUGUGGCUAUCUUCAAAAGCGGACCAAGACGAGGUCUUGGAAAACCGUUUACGUUGUUAUGAGGCCAAACACACUCUCGAUAUACAAAUCAGAUAAAGAAGACAAGCUUCGGAAUAAAAUAUAUCUCUCCGACCUGACAGCCGUCACGCUCCUCAAGGAUCCAAAGCAGAAGCGCCACAACAUGUUUGGACUUUUUUCCCCUUCCAAAAACAUAUAUUUUCAAGCUCCCUCAUCCAAGGAUGCCCAGGACUGGGUUGAGGUGGUUCGCCAAGAUGCUAGGAUCGAGGAGGAGGAGGAUGAGAUUUUCCUUGCAAGUCCUAUAGUCAGCCGAGAGUCCUACAGCAUGACGAUGUCCCCAACAGAGCAGGCGAAGACCAUCGGGGCUCUGCUAGAGCGGGAGCGCAUGAUGGCAAGCUCGCCGGAGAUUCAGGAACGCGCCAUUGCCCGCAAUGCCGUAGGCCGCCAGUAUGCCCGCCGCAGCUCUCAUCUUGGCGAAUCUUCGGGUUUGUCGGGGAACGAGUUGGCAUCCCACUCGGACCUGUCAGAUAUCGAUGUGCCCAGCCGCUACAUGGUUAAGUCGGCAGAGAGUGUUAAUCAGCAAUCCCCAUCGAGCCCGCCAGACCGUCCGAACCUUGGCGGGAGGGUCGGAAGUAAUGCCAGCGGCAUUGCUCCAGAAAAGGACCCAGAUCGCGUCAUGUGGCAAGGGCAGCUGUGGUUCUUGCGCUCCAAGGGUGGCCUGAGACAGUGGAAAAAGUCAUGGGCCGUUGUUCGACCCAGAAAUUUGAUUCUAUACCGGGAUUCGUCCGAAUACUCGCCACACCUUGUUCUGCCACUGUCUUCUAUACUCAACGUGGUCGACCUGGACCCUAUCAGCAGGACAAAGAGGCACUGUCUCCAAAUCAUAACGGAAGAAAAACGCUUUCGCUUCUGUGCAGUCGACGAGGAGAGCCUGCUGCAGUGCCUCGGGGCGUUCAAAAGCUUGUUGGCAAGGAGGCGUGAGUUGGAGGCAAGAGCCGCCGCUGCGAUAUCUGUGCCCGAAAUAACUACAGAUUUGGCCACACCAGACAGGGUCACGAGACCGGAUAUCUACAGCACAUCACCGCCAGCUUCGGCGACCACUACGACCACUACCACUGUCUCCAUCAACCUUGCGGCUUGAGGGGCGAGCAAGAGACAAACGGGAAAUUCCCCUGGGCUUCGGUGUUUUUAGAUGGAUUCCCAGAGCCAAUAAUUGGUUUUGGUAACGAGGACUAUACUAUCCCCGUCAUCAAAGUUUGCGUGUAUACUUUCUGCUUCCUGGCACAUGCUGGCAGGCACUUAAAUUUUGUUGGAAUGAUGUUGACGACUUAUGAUAGCGAGAGAGGAACGAAUUAUAUCUUUUAAUCAAUAUAUUUGCUCUGUUAACCGGA